GAUGUCCAAAAUCAGAGCAUUUUUGAAGGGAGCAACCAAAAGAUCAGAAGUUGAGAAAUUGGUCAACCAAGAUUGGUAAAAGGCAGAAUAUGCAGGUGUUGGCAAAAAAGAUUUUGUAAUUAUCCAUAUUUAAAUAACUAGAUUGCUUUUACUUUUGAAUUCGAGGAAAAUUGUAUUGGAAAAUUUGCACUCCCCGUUCAGUACUAAGAAACAAACACCUACUCAUUUAAAUUUGAUAUUAAUCCAAGAACAGGAUUUGAUGAUUGGGCUCCUAUUGAAUAAAUUCCUUAAUCUGAUUAAGAAGUCAUGCAAUAUAAAAAUUGGGAUUACCCUCAAUUAGUCUAUCAUCCUCCACUCUUGUAAUAAGUAGUUUUCAGAGAUGGAGCCGAAGAAGAAAAGGCAGUCAAAGGGAAAAUGGGGCCUAUUUUGAAUAUUUUAUCCACUAACCAGAAACUUGAAGAAACUAUCAAAAUUGUGAUGCAAAAACCUCCAGAAUAUGAAGGAGUCUAGUUAUUAUUGCCUCACAAAACCCUUCAAUGCUAUUUGCCAUUGGAUACUUGUAAUCCCAUAGAAACUUCAUUUUUAUUAAACUAUAGAACCAUAUCUAAUAUAGGAUCAGACUUGGAUAUUGAUGCUUCCAGGAAUAAUUCCAUCUUAAAAUAAGAAAUCAGUAAUAGGUAGGCAGGAUAUAAUAAUUUAAACCUGCUUUACGAAUUAAAAUUGGACUAAUUUUAUUACCAAGAAAGGAAUAUGCAAUUAGCCUAUGAUUUUGGAUUUGAGGAUUAAAUUGAAUAAUAUUGUGCCUCUUUGAUGCAUGACAAAGAAAAGGAUGACUACAUCACAGAUGACAGUGAUGAAGAGAGACCACCUUAGCCUGUCGUUGUAGACCAUAAUGAAUGGCUUGCGAAGUUAGAAUAAGAUGAUAAAGCACUUUAACCAUUUAAAUAAGGUGAGAUCAUCGAUCAAUAAGAAUUACUAAAACAUAAAAUAGAUACAAAUUUAAUGUAUAUAAUUAUGUUAAUUUUAAAGGAUUGAGAAAAAUAAAUGGAUUUCUACUGUUCCAUCUAAGACAAACGAUUACAAUAAAUUUAUUAUCAAAAAUGAGAAUAAAAUUAUAAUUUUAUGA